AUGCACACAAGUGACGAGGAUCUACCGGCCGAGCUCCAGCGGAUCGUCUGUGAAGAGCUGGGCGAGACGGACCAAGGCCGGGCAGACGCGUUGACAAGGCUCAAUCAGUUGCUCGAUGAAGAACCAGAGCUCAAUGCAAGGCGAGACAGUGUGUUCCUUCUACGGCACGUCCGCGUAAGGAAAUACAAUAUCGAAGCAGUACUGGCGACUCUCAAGUAUUAUUACAAAAACCGUGCGGCAUACCCUUGCAUCUACGAUAAUUUCCUACCUUCAAACGCCAAGCCCGCUUCCAGACGUAUAUUCAUGGUGCUGCCAAAUUUAGAUGUUCACGGACGGCGAGUCCUGUUGAUUAGAUCAGGUGCCUGGAUUCCGAGCCUUGCUACUGUCAGGGAAGCUCAUCAGGCGUUUCAUCUGGCUCUGGAGUUCCUGGCAGCGGACCCUUCGUCACAAACCAUUGGCAUUUCUGUGCUUGUCGACGAUCAAGGGCUCAGCAUUAGUAAACUUCUGUCGAUCAACAUUGGUUUGUUGAAGCAAUGUACAGAAUUUAUGCUGAAGUGUCUGCCAUUCCGGCUGAAAGCCAUCCAUGUGAUCAGGCAGUCAUUUGUGUACGAAAUCUUGAUGUCAAUCAUUAGGCAUCUUAUCAGCAGGAAGUACGCCGAAAGGAUCCACCUCCACGGAAUGAACUUUGAAGGUCUGCACAAGGAACUGCCCGCUGAUACGCUGCCGGAAGAGUACGGAGGCAGCGGUCCCGCCAUAGACUUCGAAGCCUUUUGGAGCCUCGUGGAUGCUCAGGAACCGUCGUUCGUUCAAAACAAUGGCUACGGAUAUCUCAAAACAAAGAAAAAAGGAACGAGAUCGCCGAAGUAAACGGGAUAGAAUUGUCCACUAUAUUGCAGGGCA